ACAGGCUUGGACGGAGAUGGGAGAGAUGUCUCAGUUCCUUUCCUUGCCAAACAGACACACACACACAAACGAAAAACGCAGGCAUCUAAGGGUGGGCGGGUUCUUGAACUGCAUUGCCUUAUUAUGCUCCCAGUUCGCCCUCCCUUGACGUCCUCAGCCCAUGAGGCUAAAUAGAAGAAGUUGCAGGCAGCGGUCAAACAGCUCCAAAUUGCUCUCUAGGGAAGUAGGCGAAGUGCGUAAAGACGAGGGGCCCCGCGAGCGCAUCUGCCCUGCGUGGAAGUUUGUGGUUCGGAUCGCUUUAAGUGCCUGAAUAAAAUCAGCCGGGGUUGCUUUUUCAAGAAUGAAUGAAAUGAAAGUAGCAGUUUUGGGCAGCGAAGGAACAGGCAAAUCUGCCCUUACAGUACGCUUUCUGACCAGACGCUUCAUUGGAGAAUAUGCUUCUGACUCUGAGUGCAUCUAUACAAAGCACGUUUGUCUGGAAGGAAAGCCGAUCAACCUGGAAAUAUAUGAUCCUUGUUCACAGCCUCGACGGGGGAAGUUGUCUCUCACCGAUGAGCUCCACUGGGCAGAUGGGUUUGUGGUCGUGUACGCAAUCAGUGACAGAGCCUCCUUUGCCUUUGCGAAAGCCUUGCUGUACCGGAUACGAGAGUGCCACAUGUCGGGCUGCAAAAGGGCUGCAGACUCCACUGUCAUUUUAGUUGGGAACAAGCAAGAUUUGUGCCAUAUGCGUGAAGUUGGCUGGGAGGAAGGGCAAAAGUUGGCCCUGGACUACAAAUGCCAAUUCUGCGAACUGUCUGCGGCGGAACAUUGUCAGGAAGUGGCAGCCAUGUUCACCAAAGUCCUGAAGAAUGUCACCUCAAACGCUAAGGGGAAGGAGAAAAGGCGGCCUAGCGGGUCAAAAUCUAUGGCCAAACUAAUCAACAACAUGUUUGGGAAGAGGAGGAAGUCUGUUUAAAGGAAGGUCCUCCAGCCGUGAUCAGGGCAGGAAGAAGAUGCACACAAAAGAAGACCUAGUCAACAUGGAGAUUUUACUCCAGUGAAUUUCAUUUCUAAAGAGCUUCAUUUGAAAGGAGGUCAUAGAGCAAUAUUGAAUUAUUCACACAUUGCUUAAGGUCUAAUGGAUAGUUGACUCUCAUAGGGACGUGUGACCUGUCCCCGCUGAAAAGAGUUGUAUUUGAGUUGACACAUAACACAAAAGUUCUGCCUGCAGUGAUUGAAAUAUGAUGGCAGAUCCAGACAUGCAAUUUUUUUGCUGCUACAGCCAAUGGGUAGGCAGCAAGGCUUUCUUGACCCAGCUGAUGUUAGUCAACACUGAGCCCAAUUGAAAGCAAUGGGACCUAAGCUAACACCAGAAAAUGACAUUGAGCUGGACUUGGGCUGGAUCUAGACACAUCAAAGAAAUGCUUCAGAAAAAUGUGUUGUAACCUUUAUAAUGAGAAAUCGUGAUGGCAAAAAUGAAACUCCACAGUGCCAACUGGUUUCACAGUGUUAUAUUGCAUGUAAAAUGCCUACAAAAUGCUUUUUCUUUACCAAUCUAGCUGAGUCCUAGGACCAGGAUCAAUGUGUCAACAAGGCUGAGAAGGAUACAUUGUGUGGAGACUAAGCCCCCAUCUGCACUACAUAUAAAAAACUAUAUCAUACCACUUUAAAUAGCCAUAGUUCCCCCAGAGAAUCAUGGGAACUGUGGUUUACUAAGGGGGCUGAGAGUUGUUAGGAGACCCCCUAUUCCUCCUCACAGAGCUACAAUUUUCAGAGUAGUUUAACAGCCAAUCUCUCUUUUCAAUAAACUUUGGGAACUGAAGCCCUGCGAGCGGAAUAGGGGUCUCCUAGCAAUUCUCAGCACCCACAACAAACCACAAUUCGGAGCAUUCUUUUUUGGGUGAAAGCUUUAAAUUUAUAGUGCAGCCCAGAUUGCAAUAACUCUAAAUCCUUAGGGUCUGCUUUCGUCCUGACAUUUACUUGUUCUAUGGAUUUAACCUAACAGCUUUCCACAUCUCUUCUCCAUUCGUGUUUCUGUUUAUAUAGACCUAUCUAGCAAUACAAUCCUAUGUAUGUCUACUCAGAAGUAUGUCCUGCCUUGUCCAAUGAAGCUUACUGUCGUGUAUAGGACUGCAGUCUAAGUCUACCUAAAACUAUGCAUGGUUUACUUCUACUUAAAGCUUCCAGGUAGUCCAUAUUAUCAGCAAUAAUUGGUUUUCUUACAAUAAAAUAUGCUAGUGCCUUUCAGGAGUAUUGCAAGCAAAGGCCCAGGGCACAAAUGUGUUCCAAAAUUUGCAUAUGCUAAUUUCUAUGCAUAAAUGCACAUUUUGGUGUCUCAGCAAAAUAAGAGUGCCAGGGGUUCAUGCUGAGGAGCCUUGUGAGCAAAGUCACAAAUAAAAUUAAGCUUUAAAGAAAGUGAGGAAGAAGCACCCAAACAACAUAAAAGGGGAGCUUUAACUGGAGUAUGGGAAUACCAGAAGACUGCAGAGUGCAGACCACUGGUCAUAUGAUUGUGGAAUGAAGGGAUGGACACUCACAAACUCCCCUUGGUCAUCUCAGGGGAGCUGUAAGCACUGCAAAAACCCUGCACCCCAACCCUGAGAAUUUCACCACCAUUUUCUUUCUCCUUUGAUAAGUGCAAUUGUUUUAUCAUCCAUUGAUGGAGUACGGCUUUAAACAAGAACUUGCGAGAGAACUCUUUUAUGCAGCGUUAAUCCAUUCUGCCUUUCAACACGGUUUUAUUAUUGCAUUUUAUGGCUUUCGGGCCAUUUUUGGAUUACGUUUGUUGUUUACUGCCCCGAUUAUUUUUAAUUAAGGGAGGUUUAUAAAUAAUAAAUAAAUAAAGGGCAGAGUGAACUGGUGAGAAAGAACCCUAAGAUCUUACUUGGAAACCUCUUCCUCGGAGUUGCUUGGCAAAUUCUCAGGAGCAGUGAAAAAUAGAUAAAGCCAAUACAUUUCUUGCUUGACUGGGGGAGGAGAAGCUCCCCACAGCAACCUUUUAAGAAAAAAAAUACCCAGCUCUGAAUAAUGCUGACAUUGUAAUGCCCUUCACACAACACUUGAUAUUGUUAACUGGUAUCCUUGAGUGCUGGGGUCUCAGUUCCUGGGGGGUGGGUGGACUACCAUAUUUUUUGCUCUAUAAGACGCACCAGACCACAAGACGCACCUAGUUUUUGGAGGAGGAAAA